AUGGACUGCAUCACCUGGAGCCCUGCGGGGCGGAUCCUCCAGGUGGAGUAUGCCAUGGAAGCCGUGAAGCAGGGGACACCCGUCCUCGGCUUGCGAUCCAAGGCAUGCGUUGUCCUGGUCUCUUUCAAGAGAGCCCAGUCAGAGCUGGCGCAGCACCAGCAGAAGAUCUUCAAGAUCGAUGACCACAUGGCCAUUGGCAUCUCUGGCCUGACAGCAGAUGCGCGUGUCCUGGCCGACUACAUGCGGAACGAGUGCCUGAACCAUCGCUACGUCUAUGACGCGGCGAUGAACGUGGGCCGGCUAGUGGCGCAGGUCGCCGACAAGUCGCAGCAGAAGACCCAGAACUCCUCCAAGCGGCCCUACGGCGCCCCUUGUCCGCACGGGUCGAAGCAUACCUUGCCGAGGGGACUUGCAGUAUGCGCAGGCUGUGCAGGGUGCAGAGGCGUCGGUUUUCUGUCAGUCUGCUGGCAAGAGUCUGCUGGCAAGGUUGGGCUCCUCGUGGCUGGCUGUGACGAGAAAGGCCCACACCUCUACGAGACUUGCCCGAGCGGCAAUUACUUCGAGUCGCUUGGCAGCGCCGAGCUUCAGCGAUCCAAUCUCCGCAGACGGUACUACGCCAUGGCAAUCGGCGGGCGCUCGACAUCAGCCAAGACCUACCUAGAAAAGCACUUCGCAGACUUCGAGACGGCAGACGUGGACGCGCUGGUGAAGCAUGGGCUCGAGGCCAUGAACAAGACGACCUCCUCGGAUCAAUCCUUGACGACCAAAAACACUGCAGUGGCCGUGAUGGAGACAGGAGGCAAGUAUCGGGAGCUUUCGAGUGACGAGCUGCAGAAGGUCAUCGAUAGCCUGGAGAAGAAGGCGGAGGACGAGCCCAUGCCGGACGAGCCCACGCCGGCGGCGGAGAGCGCUGAGAGCGCGGCUCCCAUGGACACCACGUAA